CACAGCAUCUACCUACCUCACCCUCUAAUCUCUAUCCUCCUCCCUCCCCAAGUUUCCCAUUCAAAACCUGCCCUGUCUGCCACUUUCUGAAAACAACCCCCCCCCAAAACACCGCGAAAAAUAAUAUCUAUCAUGUCCGGCGUCACCGAAUUCAUCUCCUUCCCUGUCUCCCCCGGCGUCAAACCCGAAGACCCCGCCAAUGAACCCGGCGCCGCCCUGCUGGAUCACUUCCGCGCCGCGAAACAGCAGGCUGGAUAUCUGAGCUCCGCGUGGGGGAGGACGGUGGAAGAUGAGGGGAGGAUUGUUUGGGUUAUUGACUGGAAAGACGCCCACUCCGGCACAGGAAGCACAGCGACCACCCUUUCGCCCUUCCUCCCAACUGAUAACGACAACCAACCAAGCAUAACGACCCUCUUCGCAACCCUCACACCCCCGCUAGCCAACACCCUGCCCACCAACCCGAUAACCGAACUCUUCACCCCCUCCUUCCCCACCACCAUCAGCGGCCACGAAGCCGCCACUGCCACCGCCACCGCCGCCGUGCACGAAAACAUGAUCUCCUUCCGUCGCGAACUCCUCGAGAAUCUUCCCGCGGGAACAGCAGGACCCGUCUCAUUCUCCAUGGGGCAGGUGGAAAGGCCCGGGGUCAGGAAACAUGCGGGGAGUCCGUCUGGGGAGGCGUGGGGGAUGGUGGUUGUGGCUGGGUGGGAGAGUUUGGAGGCACAUUUGGAGGCGAAGAAGACGGAGGCGUUUGGGAGGGGGAUUCAGCCUCUUAGGGAGGUGAUGCUGAAGGGGGUGGGAGGGGAGGUGGUGAUGAGGCAUGUGGUUUUUAGGGGGGUGGAAUGAUAGGCAGAUGGGCAGAUGGGCAGAUGGGCAGAUGAGUGGUGGGGAGGUGCAUGGGUGGAUGUGUGUAUGUAUGAGAGGGAAGAAUGUACAACGAGCAAUAAUUGGGUAGAACAUAUUAUUAACGGGAGCUUGAGAAGAGCGCUUUUCCAAUAAAUACAUUACAGCCGGAAGAGAAAAUCCUCAAAGGAAGAAAGAAAACACGAG